GGUUUCGGUUGCAAGUGGGGUGUAAGCUGUCGGCUUUCGCGUAGGAUGACCGUCAGCCUGGCUGUGUUCCUGUCGUAGUUUCCCCCGGCAUUCUAGUGGACCGACAGCGGCGUUGAGAAUGACUUCCCCCAUCUAUAAUCCGCCCCUUCCGUAUGUUGGACCCAUUCCAGGCGGUGUGCUCUCUGUCGGCACACUCAUUCGCAUCCAAGGCACUCCGCACCACUCUGCGAGAUGUUUCGCCAUCAACCUCCAAUGCGGACCGAACGUGCAUCCGCGCGAUGACAUCGCGCUUCACCUGAGUCCCGUCUUCUCGCCACCGCCGCGCAUCGUGCGCAAUUCGAUCCAGGCCCAGCAGUGGGGGCCCGAGGAGUCGCAUGGUGACCCGUUUCCGCUCGUCGCGGGCCAGAGCUUCGAGAUCUUGAUUCUCGUUGAGCAUGAGUACAAGAUCGCCAUCAACGGCAAGCACUACACCGAGUUCCGGCACCGCAUUCCGAUUCAGCGGGUCACCCACUUGACCAUGGACGGUGAUACGACAAUCAGCUUGGUUCAGUUUGAAGGGGUGCCAUCGAUGCCGCUGGGACCGGACAUGCACAUGCCAAUGCCAGUGGCCCCUCCGUCUGGUAGGGUGUCACCGUACGGCGACGCAAGGUUUGGCGCACCGUACCCUCCGCAGGCAGGCUACCCUCCUCCACCGGCUGGUGGUUACUACCCACCUCCGGCUGGUGUGCCGCCCGCAUAUCCUGGAGCUGGUUACCCCGCAGCGGGUUACCCUGGACACGCCUCUGGAGUGCAGUAUUACCCACAUCCUACGGACCAGAAGCACGGCUCUGGCUUGGGCGGCCUGGGAGCCGGAUUAGCAGCAGGUGCCGCUGCUCUUGCAGGCUCAUCGCUUCUCAAGCACGGGAUGGGUCACAAGGCAGGCUUGGUGCCAGCUGUGGCGGGAGCUGCCCUCUCUUCGGGCCUGCAUCACAAGUCUCACGGACACAAGCCCAAGUCCAGCAUGCCACUUCCCAUUGGUGCUGGCACCCUUGGAACAGGACUGGCCGUCGGUGCUACGGCGCUUGCCGGUGCAGCUUUGGCGAAGAAGCUCAAACCCAAGAAGAUGUUCAAGCAUAAGCACAAGCAUGGCUGGAAAGGGUGGAGCAGCAGCAGUAGUUCAAGCUCAAGCGAAGAAGAAUGAGUGUCACCCUCGGCAUUUCUCAAGAAGCAGCAACAGGCAUCGUCAAGGCAGGUUUCGCAGUACUUCCACAAUGUCCUCCACGCGUAUGGCUGUGGACUGUGUUGUUUUGCAACGUCUUGCAAUGUAAAGAAAACUUGUGCAAUUGGAGUUUUUUAUUUCAGUCACUUCAUCAUACUUAAAGAGCGUGUUCUAGGAUAUUAAUUGGCAACGCUGUGGUUCUGAGGAACCGCCGACUCAAAAGAAACAUCCAGUUACAAGACACCGGAGGCCGCUAUUGAAGUACUGUACCAGCAUACUACUGAACAUCUCGCACGGUUUACAUGCCAAGCUGCCUUAGCUUGUCUGCAGGCUUGCACAGUGAGGAUAUGUACAAGCUUAGUGUUCCAGAGUCCAUUUGACACGAUUAAUGGCAAGUCGUCUCUUGUACAGUGUACUCUUUUCUUCAGGCAUGGCCACUGCAAACUCACACCAUGUCUAACAAGAAUGUAGAUUCUGUUUAGUGUAGAAGUGCUGUGCCUAACCACCUGUCUUCUUGAAUGUGCCUCUACAACUUCCAUAAAUGCUUCAAUAUCUGUGAAAUGAUUGCUCGCUUAAAACAAGGGCCCUGCAGUUGUUGCCUUUAAUAAGAAGCUGAAAGCAUGAAAUAAGAGUGGCUUUCGAUUUUUUAAGAAGCGUAAUUAUGAUCAUGUUUAAGUACCUGUGCAGCACUAGCAUCCAGUUGUGUUGAUCAAAAUGGUGCCUUGUGGAAAACGGGGUUUGAGGACUAUAAACUGCUAUUCAACGACAUUGCUAUCACAAUGCUCGCCAUUGCUCACUCUGGCAGUAUUGAUCGCAACAGUGUCAACAUUGCACUGGUGCAAGCUGGCAAACUUUGCAGUUAUUUUCACUAGUGUAUCAUUGUUGCUAAUUGAUCUGCAUGGUGCUAAAGAUGGUGUUCUAUUAAGUUUUCUUUCUAAGUGCCGCACCGAUGUUUAAAAAAGCUGCUUUCGUUGCUCAUAUGUUAACACUUUGUUGCCAUGUUGCAGCCAAAAGGUCAUGUAGUCUUGACAUAUCGUUCCUAAUCAUUCUUCUGUGCAGUAACAGCCGUGAUAGCCUAGUGGCUAUUGCGUUGUGCUUUAAAGCCCAACGUCACAUGAUUAAAUCACCACAACUGCAUCCAAACUUCAAUUAUUGUGGCCAAAAUACACAAUUUCCUGCAAAUUACAUAUCGGGUGCUAGGUACGUAUAGUUGUGGCGUGCCUUAUUUUCAGAUCUUGGUUUGGCAACUCAAAACCCCCAAUUUUUUUUUUUUGUUUUGUUUGCCAAUGUUGUUGCCCACUGAGUAUACGCUAUAUCUAAUACCAGAAAUGUGCUGAAACACAGGACACUGUUCUAGGCUCUUUCAAGAUUCUGCCAUUUUUCUCAAUUUUCAUUACAGUGGCAAUUUGAAUAAGCCAAUCCAAUCAGAAAACCGUAGAAGCUCCCUGCGCUGCUCUGGGUCAAUAAUAUGGCAAAGUUUGGCAGUUCCCAUUAUGUUACCCUUAGUAAAAUUGCAUUACCAGGUCUACAGUCAUUCUCUUGAAGGCUACCAUAUCUUCUUGCGUAUUUUUGGGGAUUCAAGAUAGGUGGCAGUGACAGCAAUGACCGAAACCGGCAAUCGUCGAGGCCGGAGGAGUGACACUGGUGAUUGAAACUGAGCUCGAACAAAGUUCUUGCAAUGUUCAGGCAUUGGGUGUGGGGUCAUCUUUAUGACGACAUUCAAAUGUGCACAGUGGGAAUGCAUUUCGUGAGAUAUUUUUUCACAAUUAUUAUAGUUGGAGUUGUAGGUUACACGCAGGUGCAGGUUACAAGUGAUGAAAUGCGAUACUUCGAUACAGCACUACCAUUGACAUUUCUGGAGUGAUGCGCAGAGUUGCCUGUCGCUGGAUGCAUGCGACUUUAUCUCAGGAUGUAACUCAUUGCACUGUUACCUCAGCAUUAAAUGCACUUUGAAUACAUUAUAUUUUCUGCUGUGCACCACUGUGACUCCUUGGAUGCUUAUCAUAUAGUUGCUGUCUUUCUCCACGAUGAAAGUUUAGAUGUGUGAUUCUACAUGUUGAUCGUGUAAGAGUGACUUUACUGUGCCUAGGUGUUUGCAUAAGUAACCACGUGUGUUUUCUUUUCUAAGCCAUUCUUUCUCUCCGUCAUUUGUGCGUGUUACUACUUCCAUGCUCUAAUGUUACCUUUUAUGUCACCACCUAUUGCCAAGCCUUCUGAAUGUCAAUGUCAUGUGUUUUAAUUCUAGAUUUGGAGUGCUCACUCCACUUUGCAAUUGAGGGAACCAGAGCGAUUUAUUGUGAAGUGUACGAUAAAGCGUUCUGAAAUGCUUUUUAAUGCCCAUUAUGUACACAGUCAAUCGAUGUGUUCAUGUUUGAUGGAGGUACGUCACCUUUUCAACGUUUACUUGUCAAUCUAGCAAGUGGCGCUGUACAGUGAGCACAUUUCGAUGUGUACCUGGCAUAGAGUUUCUCUAGCAAUUUGCAGUAACCUCAGUGCGUCUUCUCUUUUUUACACGAAGUAGCAAAGCGGGCAGAUUGAGUGUUUUCAGCAAUGAUAGGGACGUUUAGCAUGUCCAUAAUUGUGUUGAACUUCAAGAAACAUCGGUUUACUGAAAACAUAAUUGUCUGGUUCGAUGGUGCACCCUUUAACCAGAGCGGAUGCUGCAUGAUUAUUACAAUUUACAAUAACUAACAAGCUGUGCUGCCAUUCAUGCUGGUAAUAUCAUGGUAUUCUGUGAUAGGUUAUAGAUUUAUAAAAACCCUGUAGUGCAAAGCUGCAGUGUCCCAGAUAGCCUUGACUGAAACUAUAUUUGCAUGUAACCUCUUAAAGGGCCCAUACACCACCUCAGAUAUUUUUUUUCAAACAUUCUGAACGUGUGAAUCGUGUGCAGAAUGUCGUCGCGAUCAACAAUUCUACACGUGGCAGCGCUUCAAGUUGCUAGCGUGCCACAAAUUCUAAGAAACAAUCUCUCCUUCUUUCCAGGCCUUUCGGGCCUCUGCGUGAUGUGCCGUACGAAUAUCUCUGAAGCGCCGUUCAAAUAUCCACGCUAGCCACAAAUGUGGUGUGAUUGGUCGAGCAAGAGCCUACGACUUCCGGUUAGCCUGCAAGCAGCUGUCCACGCUGCUUCUUGUUCGUCGUGCGUACGAGUCCAUAGUGAUGGUCACCCUUUGAAGGCAUGGACGCAAUGCACCGUCCAUACUGGCACAAUUCGUAUGAGCACGGGCCGGCACGGCAGGCGCGGUUCGCCAACAAGCGCCAAGUUGAAGGAGUCUGGGCAAUCGGAAGUAGAUAAUGUUUCAAGCAGCGCGUCAGCGAUGAGAUAUGCUACGCGACAUUGGGAAAGGCACUCGGCGAGAGGGCAAAGUGGCUUUGGGAGAGGAUACCAUGGGGGGUAGUGCAGGAGAGAGCGAAAGAAGGAAUUGUGGUGCUUUCGAUAAUCAAACACGUCUAACUCUGCUAUUGCGGCACUGUUUCAUAAAAUUCUCACAGCUCUGUCUUUGUCGUAGACUCGCGCACAAUUUCUUCACCACAACUGAAUUUCGACCUCUGGAUGAUUUACUGGCCCUUUAAACCUUCUUGCAGUCAUCGUUGUUUUUGUUCAGAAACAUCCUUUUGCUGGAAAACGCCUGAUAUGACUACAUCUUCAAUUAGCAGUAAUUGCAUUAUUUUUAGCACUAAGGUCUCCGCAUUUAAUUCUGAGCACUGUCAUCUGUAAGUGAAUAUUGCUUUCCCUAAUACGAGUCUGAGGAAAUUUUAAAAUUCGUCAUACUUAAAAUGUGGGUUAAGUUUCAAAAUUUACACUUUAGGGCCAUAUGCCGUCUUCCACAGUCGCUUUUACAUUUGAAAAAUCAUUGUACAAGUUUACAUGCUACAAGAAAACCCAAAUGGUAGUUUUCGAGGUGUGUGUUUUCUAACAUGCGGUCUUGAAUUCUGGUACCUUUGUUUGCACUUAGUAUUUCUCUAUUGAAAUAUAUAUGUCAGAGAAAGUUUAUUUAGCUUUGACAACAUAAUAUAUUGCUGUUUCAUGUUUGUUUGCUUUUUUAUUUUAUUCUGGCUGAUCAUUGCUGUUAACAGAAGCCACAUGCACAAAAUCGAAAUACAUAUCUCACAUGGUGCAACAAAGGUUGGAAGAGUGUUAGCUGCUUACUGGCUUCACUUUUUGACAUAAAUGAAUGUGUGGAAGAUGUGACUGCAAUAAUAAAAGUAUUUGCUUUUGUU